CUCCCAAUUAGUACCAUGAAAGCAAUACCCAAUAUUUUUCAGUGUAAUUAAGCGCAUAAAUUCUCCUGAGCCAAAACCCCUUUUGUAAUUACUAAUUGGCUUGAGAAAGCCAGUCAGCUAUCCUUGGUCUUUGGUUCAGAGCAAGAAGAUUUUGAAUGUAAUCAGGGAUUUGAGCGUUCGAGGUCAGAAAAGGGUUUGAAGAAUCAAUGGACGAAGAUGGUAAUGGCAGCUUGGAGAUAGGAAGUAAAGGUAAAGGGAGCAUCAAGUUUGGGUGCCCACAGGGCUCAGUUGUGGAUCUGGACGGUCAGAUCCACCAGCUUCCCUGCGGCAUCAAGUACGAUGGCCCUUCUUCUGUUUCUCACUACUUCAAACCCAAACACACUGGGAUUGAGGUUGAUGGGUUAAGAGUGGAGGAAGCUCACUUCAGGGGAAGGAAGCUGCAAGGAGCGAGAGUUCCUCUUCCUGAAGGGUAUUGUGGCUUUAUCUUAGGUAAGAACAGUGUCAAGAAAAGAAAAUUUGAAUUGUCUGAAGAAAACUCAAACUGUUGGGAGGCGAAAGCAAAAUUUCAGAGCAUAACAUUUUGGAAUCACGAGAGUCUUCCUUCACAAGAUGAUGUGUGCUUGCGUUCUUUUCACUGGUUUCCAGUUGCGAAUGCACUGCACAAGCCAGUGACAGCUGAGGAUUUGGCUUCUGUACUUCCAAUUGUUCAAGGGAAAGAUUGACUUGGAAAUCUGACAGCAUCAUGUGUAUUCAGCCAUAGUUUCAAUGUGCUUCAUACAUUUAAAGACAGUAUUAGAAUUAUUUGUCCUCCUCUCUCUCUCAUAUUAAAUGACUGUGUGCUUGGAAGAAA